UCACUCAUAAAUACGCUUCUUGAACUUAAAUGACACUGUCAACCAUAUAUGGCAAAGUCACUAUAGAAACUUUACUCUUUCAAUGGUUGGGUCAUAGUUCAGUAGAGAUAGGGUGCAUAGGGUGACCACACUACUCCCCUUUUGCAUUAAAUGCGAUUAUUCCGCCGGUGAACAGUGCAGUUAAGAUACACCGGGGCAAACAGAAUGCAGGUUAUUACAGUUAUCAAGCAGACGGGUGAAAGAGCGUAUACUAAACGUUCUACAGGACAUAAGUAUUAAGUUUUCAAUAUGUGUGGAUAUAGAUAUAACUGUGUUCAUCUUUAGUGUUUUGUACAUUUGAUAAGUGUCGAUCGAUAUAGAAAUGGUUAAUUAAUUGACAUGUGAAAAGUGACACAACUGUACUUAAGAAUUUUAUCUAAUAGUUAUACAUUCAUUUAACCUUUAACAUAGUGUACAUUAAAAAGUUAAAAGGCUCACAGAGGAGUACUUAAUAUUGAAAUGGCGAUGACGGCCUCACAAAAUCCUGUCGUGACUUCAUGGAGAGAUCCCGACCAAGUUGUCGAUAUGAACGGUACGACUCCGACGCCGGUGCAGCCACCACCGCCGCCGCAACCGACGUCUCAAACGUCUCAACCACCAUCAUUAACGCCGUCGACGACGGUCCCUCCGAUACAGACUCAAGUCUCUCAACCUGUAUCUAACGGCGGGGAUUCGUCGGCGUCAAGUCAAAAUGGAAGCUCAACACCGGACAGUAAAAACCAACAUAUAGAAUGUGUUGUUUGUCACGAUAAAAGUUCGGGAAAACAUUAUGGACAAUACACUUGUGAGGGCUGCAAAAGCUUUUUUAAACGGUCGGUUCGUCGGAAUUUAACCUAUACAUGUCGUGGAAACCGCAACUGCCCGAUGGACCAACACCACCGGAAUCAGUGCCAAUACUGUCGGUUCAAGAAGUGUUUGAAAAUGGGCAUGCGGAGGGAAGGUAGGUCCACUGACUCUACGCUUCUUCAUUUCCACGGCGGAAUCGCUGCAGCUGUGCAAAGAGGAAGGGUCCCGCCCACUCAACACCCCUUUGCUGGUCAGAUGGCCUUUACAAAUGGAGACCCACUGACGGGGCAUACCUAUCUUUCAAGUUUUAUAUCCAUGCUCCUGAGGGCAGAGCCCUACCCAACAUCCCGUUACGGACAGUGUAUGCAGCCAAACAAUAUUAUGGGAAUCGAAAACAUAUGUGAAUUAGCAGCAAGACUCCUUUUUAGUGCCGUCGAAUGGGCUAGAAACAUACCCUUUUUUCCAGAAUUACAAAUAACGGACCAGGUAGCUUUACUUCGUUUAAGUUGGAGUGAAUUAUUUGUUCUAAAUGCGGCCCAAUGCUCAAUGCCACUGCAUGUGGCACCUUUACUGGCCGCGGCAGGAUUGCACGCGUCACCAAUGGCGGCCGAUCGAGUUGUAGCAUUUAUGGACCACAUUCGAAUCUUCCAGGAGCAAGUGGAAAAAUUAAAAAUUCUGCACGUGGACUCGGCAGAGUACAGUUGUCUUAAGGCUAUAGUUUUGUUCAGCUCAGAUCGCAAGCCAGAACCGGCGCAGCGGCUUUCAAAUGCAUACAAUGUAUUAAAGAAUGGUCUGUUUAACCAUGCAUGCGGCAUCACAGAUACUAAUCACAUCGACAGUAUACAAGAGAAAUCGCAGUGUGCUCUGGAGGAAUACUGCCGGAGUCAGUACCCAAACCAGCCGACUAGGUUCGGAAAGUUGUUACUCAGGCUCCCUUCCCUGAGAACUGUAAGUGCAUCCGUUAUAGAACAAUUGUUCUUUGUGCGAUUGGUCGGAAAGACACCAAUUGAAACGCUUAUAAGAGAUAUGUUAUUGAGUGGGGGUUCUUUUAACUGGCCCUAUAUGGCUAUACAAUAACAGCUUUCUGCAAACGCUAGUCUUUCCGGUUUUCCUUUCUCUCUGUCACUCGAAUAAUUGAAAUUUUAUUGGAUCAUAUUGAUAAGUCGUGGUGCAUUCUUGGUGUCAGUGUUAGGGAUAGAAAUACAGAGUAGGUUUUUUGAGAAAACUGCGGGGUUUUAUUGAGAAAAUAAUAACAGAGAGAUGGUGUUUAAUUUGGAGAGGAACAUUGUAAACUGUCUCGUAGAAGUGCACAUUGCAUCGGAAGACUUUUCGUUAUUCAAAAAUAAUGUAAUAAGACACUGUAUCUGAUUAAAUUUCAAUGAUUCUUGUCGACAGAUGAAAACUUUUAUGAAAAUGAAUUGUUGUUAUUUUUGUUGUUUAGUACCUGUUCUUAGGACAUUUAGAAGAUGAAAAAACAAAUGUUUCCACAUUUUGCUAAAAUGUAAAUAUAUCAAGAAAUAAAUGUAUAUUUUACUAAAAAGUACCUGGAAAAUGGCUCAGUCACUCGUUUUCACGUCAUUUAUAUCAUUAUGCUUUGUGACCUCCUUCCACCAAUGGUGGGUCGAGGAAAAAGAUGCUUAUCAUUUUGCACACAUGUAUUAAAAAUUAUUUUUGUUAUCAAGAGCAACAAUAAACCACUCGUUUUACAUCUUUGUAACAUUGUAACAUAAAUUCUACGGUAUAAUACGCCAAAAAAAAGUUUCCUUACCAUUGUUUCCUGUGUUUUUUUGUCUACAUUUUUGAAAUGUUUUGUUUUAUUUUCUUUCGAUCAUUAAUCUAUGCCUAAGGGGUAAUAAUAUUACCGACAUUACGUAAUUAUAAUAGUCAUGUUGUUCUAUAUACAUAACCAUUGAUCGAAUUUGAAUAUAAUAUUAAAAGGUUAUAAACCAAUGUUAAUCAUCCAUUAUUUAGGUAGUUGAAUGUGGAAUUUUAUUAGCUCAAAGCAAGCAAGACAAUGUAACUGCAAUAUGAAGUCAUAAAUGACGUCAUUUAUAUAUUUUUGAAUGAUACCAAAUAAUAAUGAAAAUAUUCCGAAAGAGCAAAAAUAAACAAAGACACCCAAUGUAAAAAUGUGAAUUCAAAAUUAAUAUAUCAAAACAAAAAAAUAUUAAUAUUAUGAUUAUUGUGAUUUUUUAUUGGAUAUUAUCACUAUUAAGGUUUCAAUACUUUAAAAGACAUUUUGCAGGUUUCGGUUCACAAUUGCGUACUCCUUAUAACGUAGAAGGAAAAACUAAAAUUUCCAUUCAAAGUUGUUUCAUUAUUUCUGUAUAUACCCAUUCACACUUGACAUGUUCACCAUUAAAUGGUGAAAUUUACAUUAAUAGUCUUAAAUGUGACACAAACAACAUGCUUUUUAUUGCAUGUAAAAUUAAAUGUAUCUCAUAAAAAUCUAGUUCAAAACAAAAAUUGCUGUUAAACAUUGCAUACUAUUAACAGAAAUUCUAGCUGCAAAUCACACGUGCAAAACACAAAUAGUGCCAGAUUUGAAGGGGCCAUAAUGUUAGAAAAUUGAUAAACAUAGUUUGGGAUAUGAAAAAAAAUUUUUUUUAGCAUUUGGGUUAAUUUACAUAUUAACGAAAUAUAUGAAAAUGUGUUGGUAGUUUUUGGGGAUUGUUAUAAAAAAUACAUGUAUUUAUCUAAAAUAUUUUAAUUCUUUACUAAGAAAUAAUUUAAUUAAAAAAUGGUCUUUUCUACGUUAUUUAAGGAAUAUUUUGUAUAAUUAUAUUAUUUCUAAUAUUGGUUCUUGCAAAUAGUUCUUGAUUGUAUUUGUAUAAUAAGAAAUUCAAUUCAUGUUGGUAAUUUAAACAGGUGUAUUUUUAGAGGGAAAUUUUUGUCCAUUGUUCUGUAAAUCGUUUUGAAAUUUAAUAAAGUUGUUGUUUCUUGUUGUUUUUUUCUAAAUAGAUAAAAUGUUAAAUGAUUUCGUGAUAAGAUAAUUUUGCAAUAAAAGAAAAUAUAUUAAAACAAAACGACUUGGCACAAUUGAUAAUAAGAGUAUGUUUAUUGUGUAAAAACGUGUAAGCAUUUCUUAGCAUAUAGCAUUACAGUUACAUUUGCGAAUUUUAAAUAAUUGAAAUAAGAUCUUACUAAUGAUCAUCAUUCAGGUCAUUUGGAAUGUUUUAGUGAAGAGCAAAUAAAGUCAGACAGCUUUGUAGGCCUAUUUGAAAAAGGAAGAAAAACAGGUUUGUAAAAUCUGAUGCCAAUGUAUUCAUGCAAUCCUUUCGUCCGGCCAUAAUGACAGUUCUAAGAUCAUGUUUUUUUCGACGAUUUGCUCAUAAAAUCAUGAUUUUUAAAGAUAAAUACUCAAACAAAUUCACAGUUUAUUUUGAUAUUUAUAAAUUGUUGGGCAGGUUUAAUUACAUUCCAGUCAAAUUCAUGAGGUUACGGCUAAACAACCGAUUCAUUAUGACGUAACGAGUUACGUCAUGUCAACAUAAGCAGCCUAGUCCAUGCCACGAAAUAAUAUGUUUUCCUGGAACUUAAUGAUCUAAUAAACAUGAAAAUAUGAAAACAAAAUCAUAUUUUAAGUAGAUUUAAAUAAUAUAUACACUUUUUGUUGAGACCAUUAAAAUAAUUAAUAAUCAUUUUUCCUGAAGAAAAAUUACUUUGAAUAAUGUCAUUAAAAGAUAAUCAAUGAUUCAAAAUUAAUCCAAUAAUGAUAUCUAUAUAUUUUUAUCAUUUUAUCUCAAAAUCGGUUGUUUAGAUGUUAUCUUUUGAACUUUGAUCCCUCCGCUAAAAUGUGUGCUUCUGAAGAGAAAAAAAAACAUGCCGUUAGCUUUAAAUUCAUUUAAAGAUAAAUGAAACAAAUUGAAGCAAAAAUGCUUACUGGUAAUUCAUUUGUUUAACAAAUGCAUUGGAAUGAAUUAUUAAGGUUUCAGUAAAUAUGCAAAUCUCUUUCUGUAGGAUUUUUGUUUUAUUUGAAAUUUUUUUUUACAUUCAUGCCAAAAUUAAGAUGUUAUAGUUAGCUCUUAGAUAGUUUUUAUUGCUUCCUUUGUGUUGAUUCUUCCUACUUCAUGUCUAUACUGCAGUACUUUUUAAACGGAACAAUGUUGUUCAUUUUUAGUCUUUCAUUUAUUUCAUGUCAUUUUUUGUAUAUAUUGUAGUUUUUCAUAUCAUGGUUCAAAACCAUGUUUUAGUGGGUUUUCUUUUCAAAGGGAAAAAACGGAAAAGAGCAAAAAAUCCAAUUCUUUUUUCUUUUUCGUCCAUUUUUAAAUUUUUUAUGCUAUUCUAUAAAGGGACAACACUUUUGGUUAAUAUGUGUCUGCAUAAUUAAUAUGAUAUUUAAUUUACCAAGAAUUCGCAUUUCUAAAAUGCCACCUUUCAUGUCAUUAUCGCUGUUUAAAAAUGUUCAAAAGAAAAAAAAUACAUGUUAUCAAAAGUAGUUGACAGAUUUUAAUGUAAAAUCAAUAUUUAGGGUAUAUAUGCCAUUUUUAAAUCUACCGCAUGCCAAAAAUAAUUCUUUAAAUUUGCAUAAUACAGAAAAAUAAUCUCAAAUAGUGUUAGAUUUUUGUUUUCAUUUUUGUUUCUCUUAUAAAUGUGUUAUGUUUCCAUGGCAACGGUAUUGCAUGCCGUAAAACUAUAAAUGUAUUUAAUACUUUCGUGCCAGAUUUUAAUAUUUGUGUGUCAGCAAAAGAUGACCAUGUAAAGUGCUACAUAAAAGUGCGUUCUUUUCCUGUAUUACAGUCAAAUUAUUAUAAUUUGAAAAAUGAUACUUCGUGUACCUUAGUAUGUUUCCUUGUGGGUUAAAUCCCGGCAAGGACUUUGGAUUCUUUCAUGUAAGGAAGCUAUCCAGCUAGCUUAUGGAAUGUCUGUGGUUCUACUCAGCUGCCCGUUCGUGCCUGAAAUAAUGCACGGAAGGGGGCACAUGAGUUCUUCCUCCACCAGUAAAGCUGGAAAGUCGCCAUAUGACAUAUACUGUGUUGGUGCGAUGUAAAUCGAAAGAAAAUGCUUAAGAUGUUUUCUUCGAACGAUAGAAUUUAAAAUGACCACACAAUCGUCAAAUUAUACCAAUUUUAAUUAUUUUUAUACAACAAACAAUCCAUUUUAUUGGUUCAGGUGUUCUGUUCAUUAAAUUGUAUCAUCAUAUGAUUAAAAAAAAUCAGUACCAAAUUAAUACGUUAACAUGUAUUCUUUGUCAAUACUAUUAAUAUUAUUUUUUCCAAAAUGUAUUAUUUUUUGCAACAUGAAUUGGCAUAUUUGAUAAUAUUUGACUUUAUUGUUGUGGGUUAAAUAUGAAACUCCCCACAGUUACGAUUUUAUUCAGCUAAAAGUUUUGAAAAUUGGGGAUAAAAUGUUUUACAUAAGUGUUAGAGCUAAAUUUUUUUUUUUUUUUUUCAAAACAUUUAUUAAAUUCAAAUCAUCCUGAGAUCACAUUAUAGUUUUCUUUGCCCAUGCCUAUUUUUUUUUCUCUCAUUUGCCUAUCUGUAUCACAAACACUCUUCUAAUGUCACAUGUUUUUUUUAAAUGUAUAAUAUGUGUUUUGACUCGUAAAACUUUGCGUGUUUAUUAUGAUUUUGUUAAGAAGUUAGACAAAGUAUUAUGUGUAAUGUUAUAUAGUGUUGUGCUUAAAUUUAUUAAAAGUGUCCAAGACACAUUUCUUUCCGCUUACAGAAGAAAUAAAAUCAACUUUAUUUGUAAAACAGA